CUUUCCGUGGAUGGGCGGCGACGAGAGAGAGCGGCCCAGACGAGGGCCCGUCCAGCGAAGAUGCGCAGAUUCGAACAGGUGUGUGCUCACAAAGAUCAGAGAUCACACGACAGACUGUCUGUAUCUAUCUUGGGUGUAUUGUGACGCUCUGGUGUGCUUGUCAGACAUCACUCUUCGGCCAUUCUCGCAACAGGGCGUCGAUCAAGCAGCAGCCUGGCUUGCAUAAUUUUUGCCUGCUGCCUGCUGCCUCUUUCGGGCGCCUUUCGACCGCCUGGCCCGCUGCUGUCAACGGCGGCCGUCACUCGGUCAUCCCUUGCAACGAACAGGAGGCCAGCACAUCGGUCGGCAGAUGUUCAUACACGGUGUACACAUGA